AUGGCUUUCCUCCCUGGAAACUCCUCCGACUGCUCCAACUGCACCCACCCUGUGGGGCCUGUGAACAUUUCAAAGGCCGUUUUACUAGGUGUUAUUCUAGGGGGGCUGAUUGUUUUUGGGGUUUUGGGUAAUAUUCUGGUUAUCCUCUCUGUAGCCUGCCACAGACAUCUUCAGAGCGUCACCCACUAUUAUAUAAUUAACCUGGCCGUAGCUGACCUCCUCUUGACUUCCACUGUCCUGCCCUUCUCAGCUACUAUGGAGAUUUUGGGCUACUGGGCCUUCGGGAGGAUCUUCUGCAACAUCUGGGCAGCUGUUGAUGUCCUUUGCUGCACUGCUUCCAUUAUGAGCCUCUGUAUCAUCUCGAUAGACAGGUACAUCGGGGUGAGCUAUCCACUGCGGUACCCAAGUAUAAUGACAGAGAAGAGAGGUCUCCUGGCAUUACUGUGCGUUUGGGCAUUGUCUCUGGUGAUAUCAAUCGGACCUCUUUUUGGCUGGAAGGAACCAGCACCAAAAGACGAGACCAUCUGUCAAAUCACCGAGGAACCUGGCUACGUGUUGUUCUCUGCUCUAGGCUCCUUCUACCUCCCCCUAACUAUUAUCUUGGUGAUGUAUUGCCGAGUGUAUGUAGUGGCCAAAAGGGAAAACAAAGGCCUGACUUCUGGUCUGAAGACAGAGAGAUCUCGUUCUGAAGAAGUGACCCUUCGGAUCCAUCGUAAAAAUGCUCCUGAAGCGAGCGGAUCGGCAACCAACCCCAAGAGCAAGCAUCAUUUUUCAGUGCGACUCCUUAAGUUCUCCAGGGAAAAGAAAGCUGCCAAGACCCUGGGAAUAGUUGUGGGAUGCUUUGUUCUCUGCUGGCUUCCAUUCUUUGUAGUAAUGCCUCUUGGUUCUUUCUUUCCUGCAAUCAAACCCCCGGACACACUUUUUAAAAUAACAUUUUGGCUUGGAUAUUUAAACAGCUGCAUCAACCCCAUAAUCUAUCCGUGCUCAAGUCAAGAGUUUAAGAAAGCAUUCCAAAACGUCCUGAGAGCGCAGUGCCUCCCAAGGAAGCAAGCAGCAAAGAAGCAAUCCCCAAGUUUCAACCUCAACCAUCCCACUAGCCAAAGCAUGGAGAGCGGCAAAGGUGUGGUCCGCAUCCCUGUCAGCUCGGGAGAAACCUUCUAUAAGAUUUCCAAAUCGGAUGGGGUCUGCGAAUGGAAGAUAUUUUCCGCUGUGCAAAGCGUGCCUGCAAAAAGUGCGGUUUCUAAAGACUGUACCGCUGCCAAAGCAAAAAGUAAAGGUUUCCUCCAGGAAUGCUGCUGUGCAGGCACUUCAGGGAACCUUGUCCAUGAAAACUGCCAAGGGCCAACCGUUAAAAUACACACCAUCUCCCUCAGUGAAAACGGGGAGGACGUCUAA